CAUGCUCAAGGCAAAAAGCUUACACUCUGUUUGCGCAUCAUGUCGCCUUAAUCUCGCGAUCACACGAGCGCGUAAUGCACGAUUACCGCAGUCGACACUUGCGCUGCGACCGGCUCAAACGAACUCCUUCACACAGCAACGAUCGCUAUCAACAGCGCUUCUGCGGCGCCAACAACAAGCCCACGAUCAGGUGACAAGCCCGGAAGAUCCUUCAGGCGACCCGGCGGUACACAAGUUGAACAUCGAAGUCAAUGUACGGAAAGCGAGACAGCAGUUCCGCGAUGCUUUGCCACGGGAUCACUUGAGCGCGGAGGAGUACGCACUGUACGAGAGACUCUACGGACCGCCCAUCUUCGUGGACACGGCGGAGGAACUGCUGGCGACCGAGGAGCAAGCCGAGGAAAUCAUAUCAGAGGAACAACCAGACGGCUCAACGGUUCUCUUGCGGAGAGGCGAAGAUGGCGAGCUCGAGGAGAUCGAUCUAUACGAAGAAGGGGAGGCCGAUCUGGCGGAGGAGGACGAAGAGUCUAUGACGUCCGAGGAGUGGGAGGAAUACAGAGAGCAGAAGGCAGCAACGUUCCACGAGAACGUCUACGAGCAGAGUCGGGUCCAGCAUGAAGAGGCUGAAGAGUGGGAAGAUGACGAGGUUGAGGACGAGCCGUUCAUGCGCGCACAUCCCCUGACCAUUGCCGGUCGCUUCAAGCCUUCGCCAUCAACCGUCUUCCUCCCGAAGGAGACUCUCGUCGAUCCAACCGCACAACUCCUUACACGCGCAAACCACAAGCACCUCACCGAGUCGGCGAACCGUAUCUUCGGCGGACGAGGGCUGCCACACUCCGCAAGUACGCCACCUGCGAGGCUAGGCAAGGAGCAGAAGCCCAUCACACUCGACCCCUCGCAGGCAGAGAUGGGCAACAUCGAGGCAGACGCAUACAUGGCUGCUGUACAGCCGGGAACAUAUGCGAGCGUCAUGAGCGCUCUUGUUGAGGUGCGACGCCGUCUGGGCACACCGUGGAUGGAACACAUGCUGGCCAAGAAGGGUGGAACAAUCCUCGACGCUGGCUCAGGCGGCGUUGGUAUACUCGCCUGGCAAGAGAUCCUGAAAGCCGAAUGGGAGAGCAAACAAGAAACCCAUGAAGAAAACCUUGAAGAAACCCCUGAGGAAACGACCUCCCAAGCGCCAACCUCAUCAGAAGCACAACCAGCAGAAACCUCCCAAGAGACCGCACCAAAAAGCAAAGCAACCGUCCUGACCAGCUCCGACACCCUCCGCCACCGCGCAAGCCGCCUCCUCGAAAACACAACCUUCAUUCCCCGCCUCCCCGAACACGUCACCCCCUCAGACGAUGCAAACACAUCGCAGCCGCGCAAAGUGUACGAUAUAAUCAUCGCCCCACACACGCUCUGGCCCCUCAGGCAGGAAUACCUGCGCAAAGACCAAGUCUCCAAAUACUGGUCGCUGCUGAACCCCAAAGGCGGUGUCUUGAUUUUGAUCGAAAAGGGCCUGCCACGAGGUUUCGAAGUAAUCGCCGCGGCGCGAGAAAUGCUUUUAGAGCGGCACAUUGCCUCGCCGCACAGCACCACGCUCGAGACACCGCUGGACGAGCAAGUGUCCCGGCCGGAGCAGGAGACGCGCUUCACGAAGAAAGAAACGGGCAUGAUCAUCGCGCCCUGCACGAAUCACUCUGCGUGCCCCAUGUACUCGACCCCCGGCAAGAGCCCAGGGAGAAAGGAUUUCUGCUUCUUCACACAGCGCUACAUUCGUCCGCCGUACCUACAACGCAUCCUUAACGCCAAAGACAGGAACCACGAGGACGUGCAGUUCUCCUACCUCGCCGUCCAGCGCGGACGGGACCAGCGGCUGCCCGAGCACGAUCUCGUAGGCAAAGGCGUGCAGCAAGGAGUAGAGUCGACAGACGCCGCCUUCGCAGGCCACGAAUGGGAUUCCUCUGCUCCAGACGCAGAGAACCCCGACCUCGUCACGCCCGAGCAAAUCAACCCCCUCGCACUCCCGCGCCUCAUCCUCCCCGCGCUCAAGCGCCGCGGCCACAUAAUACUGGACGUGUGCACGCCCGCCGGCACACUCGAGCGCUGGACCGUGCCUAGGUCAUUCAGCAAGCAAGCCUUCCGGGACGCGAAGAAGUCGCGCUGGGGCGAUCUGUGGGCUUUGGGCGCAAAGACGCGGAUCCCGAAAUCUGUGCGCUUGGGACGGCCGAAUGAGGAGUUUGAUCGCAAGGGCCGUAGGAUCAGGGCGCCGAAGAAGGUCACAAUUGAGAUUGGGGUGGGUGAGCAGGAUGGCAGGGCUGUGGAUGUCGGUGAGGAUAGGAUUAUUGGUGGUGGGAAGAAGUUUGGAGAUCGGGAUGGACGGUAUAACAAGGAUAGGAAGAUUAGGGGAAGUGGAGGGAGGAAGGGGAGGAAGAAGGCUGUCGAUUUCUUUGCUGACUGA